AUGGGACAAGGUGCAUCAACUUCCGGCAAAGAUAAAAAGAAGAAGGACAAACAGAAACCUAAAUAUGAACCACCAGUACAAUCUAAAAUUGGACGCAAGAAGAGAAAGGGUCCAGCUACGGCAGAAAAACUGCCUAGCGUCUAUCCUAGCACGCGGUGCAGGUUGAAGCUCUUACGUAUGGAAAGAAUCAAAGACCAUUUGCUCUUAGAAGAAGAGUUUGUAACCAAUUCUGAGAUCUUAAAACCAUUUGAGAAGAAACAAGAAGAAGAGAAGAAGCAGCUGGAAGAAAUACGCGGUACGCCGCUGUCGGUAGGAACGUUGGAGGAAAUUAUCGAUGACGACCAUGCUAUUGUCACGAGUCCCACCACACCAGACUUUUACGUGUCAAUCUUAUCUUUUGUCGACAAAGAGCUUCUGGAACCUGGAUGUUCCGUUCUAUUGCAUCACAAAACCAUGUCUAUUGUUGGUGUUUUGCAAGACGAUACUGAUCCUAUGGUUUCAGUAAUGAAAAUUGACAAAUCCCCCACAGAAAACUACAGUGAUAUCGGUGGCCUUGAGGCUCAGAUCCAGGAAAUAAAAGAGGCAGUCGAGCUGCCUUUAACACAUCCAGAACUUUACGAGGAAAUGGGUAUCAAACCUCCAAAGGGUGUCAUUUUAUAUGGUGCCCCAGGUACAGGUAAGACGCUGUUAGCCAAAGCCGUUGCCAAUCAAACUUCAGCAACAUUCUUAAGGAUUGUUGGUUCUGAAUUGAUACAAAAAUAUCUCGGAGAUGGUCCCAGGCUUUGUCGACAAAUUUUCAAGGCCGCAGCUGACAACGCCCCCAGCAUUGUAUUUAUCGAUGAAAUCGAUGCUAUUGGUACAAAACGGUAUGAUUCGAAUAGUGGUGGUGAACGAGAAAUCCAGAGAACCAUGCUGGAACUAUUGAACCAGUUGGAUGGGUUUGACGACAGAGGCGACGUCAAGGUAAUCAUGGCUACCAAUAAAAUCGAAAGUCUGGAUCCAGCAUUGAUCAGACCAGGCAGAAUUGAUAGGAAAAUUUUGUUCGAAAGUCCUGAUAUCUCAACGAAGAGGAAGAUUUUGACCAUUCAUACAUCCAAGAUGAACUUGGCUCCCGAUGUAGAUCUCGAGAACCUCGUCACUUCUAAGGAUGACCUAUCUGGUGCUGACAUCAAGGCCAUGUGUACGGAAGCGGGAUUACUCGCUUUACGCGAAAGACGAAUGCAAGUAACGGCUGAGGAUUUCAAGCAGGCUAAAGAACGAAUCUUGAAAAACAAGGUAGAGGAGAACUUGGAAGGUUUGUAUUUAUAG